AUGACUAUCACAUCAGAUUCACGGAAGUACAGUCAGCUUCACCAACGCAUCAGGUACACUGAGCGACGAAAAGCAAAUUCAUAUUUCGACUCCGAAGACAAAAAACGACAAUCACCCAGAUCACGAAUCAAACGUCAUUUAAUCGCGUUCGAUAUAGAUGAAUUUAAAGACGAAAUAGAUCACGAUUACGAUUAUGAACAUGAUCUGAAUGAGUAUGAAGAUUGGCAAGAGACAAGAGAUUUCAUCGAUGCACAGUGGAGAGAGAUUUAUAAUGCUGUCGAUUUUGACAAGGCUGACCUUCUCGAUUAUCUCUUACCACCAGUGAAUAUUUUCAAUAGUGAAGAAAUAUAUUGGACAAACGAGUUGACUUUCGAAGAGUACAGACCCCCGACCAAUAUCCUUCAACAUGCCAUCCACAUCGGGCGUACAAGAUGUGUUCGAGUACUGCUAGACAAGAUAUAUACUGGUAAACUAGAAUGGGAUUUAAUCUAUGAAUCUAGCGAUACCAUACAAGUUGUACUAUCGGACGCAUGUCAAUUAGGAGAUGUAGAUCUCGUACAAGAACUUGUUGAACAUCCACUUGUAGAUAUAAAUGCAUUUGAUCUCUUGACAAUCGCUGUUGAACAAAACAAUGAUUUAUUAGUCGAAUAUUUAUUCAGUCAAGGAUGUGACAUGCACUCUAGCUAUUACAGAUAUCUAUUACAUCACGCUACUCGUAAUGGUUACCAUAGUAUUGUUAAGAGUCUUUUGAAAUACGGUGCUGAUCCUCAUAUACAAGAUUCUACUGUUCAAACUCCUCUCGAUUAUGCCGUCGAUAGACGAGACAUCGAAAUGAUUCAAAUUCUUCUUGAGCACACACAUGGACUCCUAAAACCCAAUGCAAAGAAGUUCACGCCAAUGAUGUUGGCUGCUCAUCGUGAUUUGAGACCCAUGGUUGAUCUACUUUUUCAAUUGUUACCACUCGAUCCAUGUAUUGAUGACUUAGUUCGUUUAGCUUGUCGAUAUACAAUAGAUAUUGAGAUGAAAAAUCGGGAAAUGGCAUUUUAUUUCUUCUCGCAAGGUCUUACCAGAAAAGAAAUAUCAGAUAAUUCAGUUCUUCAUGAGGUAUAUGAAUCUCGUCGAGAAUGCCAAACAUUAGAAGAACUUGAAUUAAUACGAGAUGAUGAUCAUGCUAUGCGACUGCACGCUUUGCUUGCUAAUGAACGAAUUUUUCUUCGGAAUGGCGAUGCAAUAUUGUAUGUGGAUAUAAUUGAGAAGCAAUGUCGUCAUUAUGAAAGCAUGGACUUAUCUCAUCGAAGUUUUCAGUUGUGUUUGCACGCUUUGCAACUGAUGCCUGAAGUUCAAAAUUAUAACUAUCAUAUCGCAAGAUCGCUUGCCAGUCUGUGUUACGAAAUAUGUGGACAGAUAUUUCGUGUAUGGGAAGAAGAUGCCUUCGUGCCGAUUGAUUCAUUAGUGGUCAUUGCUAACUGGACAUUUAAAUUGUAUGCAUCUAUUGGAUAUACUGAAAUAAAACUUAUGGAGAUCGUUAUUUGUCUGAUUCAAUCGAAAAAAAUAACAAAGAAUGAACAAUGUGCUCUUAUAAAUUCUAUACGACGUAUUGGCACAGAAUGCAAACAAUACUUUCUUACUCACUUUAUUCAAUAUGCAGCCCUCAAUACUUCGAUCCAACAAUCUGGUCAAUUCAGUUUUACGACAUUUUCUGCCAUUCGUUUAUUGAUUCAAUGUGGAGCAGAUGUUAAUGCCCUUUCUAAUCAUUGGAGAAGAACUCGACCGCUACAUAUCAUUGCCAAAUGUUCAAAUAUUCUUGAAGCAAAGCCUGUCAUCGAAUUACUUCUUGCCUGUGGCGCACAUCCUGAUGCUAUUGAUGAUCGGGGUGUGCAGCCGAAGGAUGAAGCAGAAGUACGCGAUGUGAAAGAAUUACUUUCAACUAGUCGACAUCUUUCUCUCAAAUGUCGAUGUGCCCAACUAAUUGUUUCACAAGAGAUCGAUUAUAAACAUUAUUUCUAUCCAAAACUCGUUGAAUUCAUUGAAUUACAUCGAAAAUCAGACUCACCUUGGACACAAGAUGAUUUAUAG